GACAAAGCAUUACAUUACGUUACAAUUUGAUCUCUUUACUUAUUGUUUCGUGGCCUGUGAAGCAUAACCAAACCAAAUUCGAGUAGCGUAGGAUACCGAUCAUGAACUUGCGAGGAUCAGCGUCUAAAGCGGUAAAACCUAUCCACCGUUUCGACGCGUUACUACUUACUAGCAUGGUGCUAGUUUACUGGAUUUUCAAAUGUUAUUGUUUCUGGCGCCGAGAAUUGCUUUCAUGCUUUGAAAGUGAGAUCACUUUGAAAGCAAUUUUCGGCGCCACGGCAAGGGCCCGGUGUAAUCAAUAAUCACAAACGGGCCGAAGUCAUCGUCGGGCCAUAGGGUUAAAACGAGGACUUACUUUGACAAUCACUUUGCAAGCAAUUCUCGGCGCCAAGGCAAAGACCCGAUGUAAUCCAUAAUCACAGAUGGGCCGAAGCCAUCAUCGGGCCAUAGGGUUAAAACGAGGACUUACUUUGGCAUGGGCUUGAAAUUAUCACGAACCUGAUCCAGCCCGAGUUCUGGUAACAAACGGCCUGUAUGGAGAGUUUCUCGAUCGGCGAAAACAAAACUGAUCAACUAGCAGUAGAAAUUCUUCAUCUCUCCGUAAUCCUUGGACGCAAGGGAAACGAUUUCACUUCCAAUUCCUCGGUGAAUUUUCCUUUGCCUUUCUCUCCUACACAUAGCGAAUUCCUUCCUUCCUGAAUCAGUCGAUUUCGUCUGGAAAAAUAGUCAAAGCUUCCACGAGCUAAGAAGUAGCACCAGAGCAGUGGAAAAAUGGCGGUCUCUCAUGCUGAUGACUUAGACCAGCUCCUCGACAGUGCUCUCGAUGAUUUCCAAAGUCUCAACCUUGCGCCUCCUUCUUCACAAAGAAUUGCUGGCGGCGGGGGAAGGGAUGGUGGCGAUAAGGAGAAGAGCAAGGUGGAGGGUUCAGUUGUUGCUUUGCCGGCUGGGGUUCAGGGUUUAGGUGUGGGAUUGCCGGAUUUGAAGAGCAAGAAGAAAGGGAAACAAAUGGCGGCGGCAUCUUCUAAGGAUACCCAUGUGGCUGAGGCGCUUGAUAAGCUUAUGGAGCAGACUAAAGAAGCUGUAAUGGGAAUGGAGUCCGUCACUGGCUCAAAGGCUGGUGCUGAUAAUAAGGAUGCUAUGGUGGAGGAUUGGGUUAAGCAGUUCGAGGAGCUUGCUUCUGGCCAGGACAUGGCAUCUCUUGUAGAGACCAUGAUGCAGCAGCUGCUUUCGAAGGAGAUUCUUCAUGAACCAAUGAAGGAAAUCGAAGGGAGGUAUCCGACAUGGUUGAAAGACCACGAAUCAAGUUUGAGUAAAGAGGACUUUGAACGUUAUUCAAAUCAAUUUGAACUUAUAAAGGUUCUGAACGAGGUCUAUGAGAAUGAUCCCAAUAACUACACCAGAAUCACCGAGCUCAUGCAAAAGAUGCAAGAAUGUGGACAGCCACCUGAUGAAAUCAUCCGGGAAUUUGCACCUGAUCUCGAUUUGGCUACUCUCGGUCAAAUAACACCCGAGAUGCUGGAUUCCCAACAAAACUGUAGCAUAAUGUGACGGAAGGAAUGGAAUACCUUUUGUUGUUAAUGGCUCAAGUAGUCAUCUUCAUUUACUCUAUGAAACAUUUAUUUAUCUUCGGAACAUUCAUGAAUAAUGAAGUAUCAUGCUUCAGUGUUGAUGCCAAUACAAAGCAGUGUGAUUGAUGGGGUUUCUCAGGGCUUUUUGAUACAUUCAUCGUCUCACAACAAUCACCAUGUAAAGCAAACCAGAAGGCAUAGUUCCAUUUUAUUCUUCAAGUUGCAGUUGCAGGAGUUUUGCUGGUUUAGAAGACAAUGGUAGCUUAUAGGAUAGCUUGUUUUGAAUGGAGGGAUUGGGUUUAAGGGAGGGUUUAGAUGUGUCGAAAAAAGGCUGAUGUGCCUGCUUGCUUGCCAGCGUUUGACAACCUCUUGGCUGAAUGAGUUGGAUAUAUAAAUGAUUGAUGAAUGUUGGUUAAAAUGUGUCGUUAGAUUGUUAGUCAUCAAAUACAAUCUUUUUAUUACUAAACUUAGAAGGUUAAC